AUGGCCAAUAUAGCUGAUUCCAUAAACCCAGACUCCCCAAUUUCCGGGUCCUGGGCUUUGUGGAUGGCCUCCUCCGAAGUUGACCAGAAGGCCCUGGGCAACUUCGCGGCCGUCAUGGGCCUCGAAAACCCCCUGCUCUCGGCAAUGCUAUACAAAAUCCUCGGUGUUUCCGUCAUGCUAUCAAAAAAGCUUCUUAGAGCCCGCAAGCUACGGCGCCUCGACACAACACGUGAAACAAGAUCCCUCCAGCUGUACCAUCACAUCAUAUGGCUCUCUCGCGAAGGCCUACUAAUACUGGAGGGUUACGUCCUUCCCAUGGUAGACAGAUCUGUCGAGCUAAAAGUGCUCUCCUACAAGCUCCGCGCUUCCUUCUACCAUAUUUUCGUUCUAUUCCACAAUCGUCCCGUUUUCACCCCUGACGCGGACAUGCCAACCCGCUCCAAACAUGACUCUAUAUACGGCGCAGACACCCUAACCACCCUCGGCGGCUCAGACUAUAAGUCCAAAGUGGAUAGCGCAGAAAUACCAACAUCCAGACCCCCGGGUCUACCAGUAAUGCAACCAGUUCAGCCACCCCAGCCAGUCUCCACAUUCCUCCUCCCCCCGCUAGACUACACGGCCACAGCAACAGCUUGUUUCAACCACGCAGCAGCCCUCUCCGACAAACUCCUACCAGGCUCACAUCCUCUCCGUUUAUCGGUCAAGCUUGAAUACGCAGCGUAUCUAUACGACUGCCUCCAAGACCCUAUUGCAUGCCGUCGUCUUGCAAAACAGGCCAUCGCAGAUGUCUACAAUGCCCAAGAAGGCAUGGACGACGAGAGCUUCGAAGACGCCGCAGAGAUCGUCAGUGUGCUAGGGAAGAUGGUCAAACGUGGCGGGAAGGCUGGGUCCAGUACCGGCACCGGGAGCAGUGUCUCCCGCGCUGGUCGCUCACGCAGUCGCAGUAGUCUCGCGCCUAGUCAUCUUGACACUAGUGUGCCUACUACCGUGUCGCCAGUGCCGGUCACGAAAUCUACGCCGGUUUCUGGGGCCCAGGUUGGGGUUAGCCGUCCGGCUGUUCCUGAUGCUUCUAUGAUGAAUCCCAUUUAA